GCAGCUUUCAGGGCUUGGUUCAUGACAUGACACAGUGCAGCGCAGGAUCCAAGUGGUCGCUCCUAACGCCACUGGAACUCCCCCGUCCAGGACUCUUUCACAGUGCUUUGAGUUUGGCUACAUGAAAUAUGCGAUGUUCGCAGGAGUGCCCGGUUUUCUUUCUGCUACACUUUGUUUUAACUCUGGCAGCCGGCCACGAAGAGCUGUACGGUUCCAGCAGACUCCUGUCGCGUUUCGCAGAGCAAGGUCAGUGUGGUGCAGGUAUAGUAGAAGAUCCCUUAUGUGCACGACUGUGCUUGGGUGCAUUUCCUUAAAAGCAUGCCUUGGAGCUACAAAUCUGUGCUUUCAAUUUAUCCAACUCUAGCAGGAAAAUGUACACCCUAAAUAUACAGUAUUUCACAAAACUGGUGUUGCCAAAAUUAAAGUGCAUGGAUGUAUUUUUGAGAGUGUAAAACAAGAGACCUGUUGCAUAAACUUUCAUAUGUGCACAGGUGAAUUAUCUCCUGACUGUUUUGCAGGUCAGUUGUCCCUGUCAGAGUCAGACCUGUCCAUCGUCCACCCUGUGAAAUCCACCCCUGAUGGAGCCUUCGUCUCCCACUCUUUGUCCCACCACUUUAACGGUGGGCGAGUCAGGCGUGACCUACGACCUCUCACUUCCGAGGGACAGGUUUACUACAAGGUCAACUACAGAGGUCAUGCUUUACUGUUCAAUUUGACUGCAAAUGAUCACCUGGUUUCGAGUGACUACAUCCUGGAGAGGAGGGGCAGCGGUGCCAACAAGACUGAGCAGCAUCGGCUGGAUGAGGGGAACUCCUGCCACCUCCUUGGCACGGUGGAGGCGUCUGGUGCGCGAGGAACGGCUGCCAUCAGCACAUGUAAAGGCCUGGUAAGGAAUCUCAUGAAUAGCAGGAGGGAGGGUUCGAUUUAAACCUCUGCUUCAUUCAUUAGAUCACAUCUUUUUGAUCCUUAUUGUGGCACUCUGAAGCAUUUUCCUUCUUAAAUCUGCACUCAGUGUCAAAUCUUGUCCGCCAUGAAAGGUGUUUCUUAUACACAGGAGAAAGGAGGCAUCACUCUAGGGAAGCUGGUAUGUGGAGUAGGCUGUCAUAGGCUGUUAAACAAACCCCUUCCAUCUGACAGUGCCCUGUGUGUUAGUCUGCCCUUCAAAGACUUCCUGACACUAUUUGCAGAACGAGUGUGCUGCAGACCCGCUGACGGCUGCAGCUUCUUAGCCAACCAUGAGACCCUUUCUGUCCUCUUUGUCUCUCAGAUGUUUUCCCUCAACCUUCAUUCAUUCAUUCAUUCACUCACUCACUUUGUUGUCUGAUGCUGUAGAAACUCUUUGCAUGCAAAGCCCUGACCUUAAACAUGCAGCUUUACUUAGCUGUAUGAUGAGAGGGAGAGUUUCAGUAAUGGACUUUGGCAUACUUUUAUAGAGUGGAGCGGCAAGGUUUGACAGAUGGAGAGAUGGGGAAGAGGACCAUGUGUUUUGUUCAAAAAGUCACCUUUUUCUGCCAUGUAUACUUUAUAUCAUAUUCUAGGAGUAAUGUUUAAAUCAAAUGAGUACUUCGACUACAAAGGAAAGGAAACAGCUGGAAAGCAGCGAGACAAAAGAGCCCAGCAUGUGAUUUGGAAAGUUUGGACCAUAUGGACAUUUCUGGGGAAAGAUAUGGUGCAACCAAUUCAAGAGUUUGGAUCGAUUUUCACCCUGAAACACUUUCAGCUCUUUUUGCCAAAUAACCAAUAAGUUUUUAUCUUAUAUAAUAUAUAUUUUGGAACGACCAAACAGGAAAGGACAUGGAAAGGGAGGGACAUCCCUGCUCUGAAAUGAUGGGAUGUGUCAGUUUUAGUCAUGAAGAAUGCUGCUCCCCUGUCAGUGUGGGAUUGUGUCACAGCAGGAAUGCCUCUCUUGCAGGGUCUUGCCUCCCACCUCUCUGUUAUGUUUGCGUGGCUUCUGCUAAACCUUGUAUGUUUUUUUGGUUACAUCUGAGUCAGACCAGCAGGGCUAAAAUCAAAGCUACACCAAUGGAAAACUGUUGCAUCACUAUACUCCCGAUUAACCACAACCUACCACAGUUAGAGGGGUUUUCAUGGAACGCUGAGUGCUCCGGUUUGCCUCCUCAGUCCAACCCACUGGGAAAACCACUGUGAUCUAUUACCCUGAUUUUCUGUAGUGUGGAAGAAGGUUUAUAGCAGCUAAAGCCGCAGAGAGACCACUAAACACCGAGACUUAGGCAGACAGAUGUUUGAGGGGAAACACUGCCAGCUGCUGUGGAGGUCAGUCAUCUCAGGAGGCAGAUAGAGAUGCACUGCCAUAAAAAUGAUUGGCUUGUGUUGAAGAGUACAGGAUAUACUGCAGACUGUAGAAAAAUAAGCUACAUGAGGAAAAACUGUAACAAAAGACAGCGUGAUAGAGACAUGAAACGUUUAGUGCCGACCUCUCUUGGUAUGGAGGAAACUUUUUUUAAAAGAUAAAGCGCUCAGACUUCAACCUUGAAAGAACUCAAGUUUUGGCUGCAUCUCUUCACUUUCCCAUUACUCCCUGCUCUGAAGAUGACUGAUUAUUAGUGACUCAGUAUAAAAGUAUCAGAAAACUUAUCACAGAGCCUAAUUUGGUAUCAUUGGAUUACUUGUUUUGUUUGGAGAAUAGUACUACUUUGUGAUAUUCUUCAGUAAGAUUCUAGAUAGAUGUACUGUCCUGCUCAAACCUCAUGUUGGUGAAGCAACAAGAAGGACAAGAAGCUCAUGUGAUGAUGUGUGAUAACUGCAAUACUUGGAUUUUUCUUCCUUUUCUUCUUCUUUUUCUUCUUCUUCUUCUUCCUCCUUUUAUUUCUUCUGCCUCUUCCAGCUGGUGAAUUUUGCGUGGCCACUUACUACGCAGGAAAAGGAGUAUUUCACUAGUUUGUGCUGUGCUGUGUUCCCUGACCAAAAAUCUGAUCGCUCUUUGUUUUAAUUCUCUACCAAAAGAUUUGAAAUUGAUCUUUAGAGUGGAAAAUCUAAAAAAGUGCCAACUCCUUCAGGACAGAGAUCUUUGAAGCGCUUGUUCGGCAGGUCUCAACCUGCUAAAUAAAGUAAAAAAAGUGGCGUUCAUCUUUGAUGUUCCAAUAUCAAGCUGUUACUUAGCUCACCUGACACCUACCUGUUGCAGGGCUGACUCAAAAUAGAUGUAACCCACCAGAUUUCUGAUUGGCUCAUUCCACUCUGUGGGUCAUGUAAAGAUAUCAAGUUGAUUCUUGUUGGUUAAUAAAGCUCCUGUGAGGAAUUUUUCAUUUUUGCUCAUUUCAGCACCACCUGUGGACAAAGCAGCCUUUGCUUAUCUAGUCCUCCUCACACUGAAAUAUUGCCUUCUGGCAAAAAUAUAACAUCCUACUUCUAACAGUCAAAUUUCAAAUUUUUAAAAAAUAUUUAAUGCGGAAAAUGCAAAACAAAGGGCUGUUUCUAUAGCGGUUCCUCCAACAUCUACUCCAUGGCACCACUUCAGGGAUUUAAGAGAAUAGUAAGAAAACCAUCAGUCUUUGUUUGUUCUUCGCAUAGCAUAAAAGAUGAAUUCCAGUCUACUUUAUACAUAUUAGAAAACUCCUCACAGGAGUAAAGAUAGCCUCAAUCAGCCACUGCAAAUCAGGGACUAUGUCUGGUUGGUAUGAAGAGGUGUUCUUGAUCAUAUGUUUUGAGUAGGGAUUGCGGAGCAACUCAGACACGAUAAUAAAAGAGGAAUCAUGGAUUGUAAUGUACAGUAAGGGGAGGAAAAUAGCAAACUGAUAACCCCAGCAAUAUAGAACGUGUUGAUUGUCACUGCUGUAAUUUCUAUGCAUGCGUCAUGUCAAAACACAACAGAUUUCUGUCAAUCUUUCUCCGUGUGAGUGAUAUCCACUGAGCCUUUUUACAUUCAACACAAGUGCGGUGUAAGUAAAGUGGAAAGUAAUGGAACAGUUACUAUCUAUGUAAUGAUGCUUUCUGUUGGACUGCUCAUCACUCAGGCAGCAAAAGUUUGGAGAAAACAAAAAGAGCAACCAGAGUGGAACUAUCACAUGACAUAGCAGGGUAAACAACACGGCGAGUGAGUGAAUUUAUUUAUGAUUUUAUCACAAUGUAGAGGAAAUCUGUUGUGUUUUCUCAUACAGCAAACAUAUAGAGGUCAGAUCAUUUCUACAACCUUUCUUAUGCAAUAGAAAAAAGCCUGGCAGAAAUUAGAGAAUAGAGAAGGACUGUAAAAGCUGUGGAAACCACAAACUGGUCCACUUCGCCCAUUAACACCUCACAUUAGUCCGUUAUUUUAUCCAUUAAUAAAUCAAGUUUAGAAAACAAUGCUUCUCCACACUGAGUCGUAUGUAGGUUACACGUGAUUAUGGCGGUGAAAGAGUCAAGUUUCCCUUCACCUUCUCUGUUUGCUGCACAUGUGAGGUACAGAGUAAUCAGGUGGAGGUUGCUGUCACUGUCCCUCUAUGAGAAAACCUCAAACGUAAGAUAAUCCCAAGAGUUCUCACUCAAGUCUUUAGUGAUCCCUGGGGCACAAUAUGCAAGUUCAGACCCAUUAUAUCCUCACUUCAAUGCAUGUUUCUUCACGCCAUGCAGAUGAAAAAUGAUAAUGUGUUUGACCUCUGUGGAAUAAAUGAGCUCACAUAGCCACAAUUAUCCUUUGAAGUAAAACAAAAAUAAAGGCGAGCGAGUGCCGUAAAACCAGUCAUUAUAGAGAGAAACAGUCAUCGAAGAACAAAUGCAAGUUUCUUUGUUUGAAAUUGUUGUGGUUGAUCGUAUUGCAGUAAUGAGCACCAUCCGCCUCCACCUCUCCUUGUGUCCCACUAAUCACCAUUGAAGCCACAGGCCGCGUAACAGCGCACACUUUAUACCAGACCCAGUUGGACAGCACUACAAAACCCACAGAAGCAGGAAACAGAAGUAAAGCAGUUCCACAUGGCCGGUGUAUUUAGAACACAGACCUGUGUUAUGGUAACCUCCCCUGGCUCUGGCACCUCACACCCCAACACGCUUCCUCUGGGUCAGAGGAGGGGGGAUUAAUGGAGAGGUGGUGGAGGAGAAGAGGGGGCGAAAGUGCAAAGUGAACUCCAGGCCGAGGCUGUUUCAGCCGACAGAGCGUUCAGGAUUUAGGUCACAAACUGCUCCAGAAUUAUCCCCACUUUUGUUCAGAUGGAAAACAAAAACCUCAGCUCCUUUUUAAGUCAUCUUUGUCUGUUGAGCUCAGACAUCACCCAAGAUCCAUGUGUGGAGAAUUAAGUAUCAUAGUAAGGAACGUAAGCAAUAUCGUUACCACACACUGUACAAGUUUAACUCUGCAGGCUGUGCUGCACAGUACAACUGCAUUUGGUUUGCAGAUAAUGCAGCUCUUGCAGAGCAAUGGUCUGAAUGUUUGGAUGGGCCUCACUGCAGCAUUCCUUCCUGGUUGAUUUCCACCACCUGCUUUUUCUGCAGGGUCUCACUUGGAAGAUAAACUCUGGUAAACACAGAAGAGAAGACAGAAGGAUGAAAACGGAGAAAGCCAAAGAAUUUGCCUAAAACUUCUCCCUUGUGUUUAGUAGCACAUUUUUCUGUGCUUCAUCUAGCAGUAAAAGGAUGCAUAAUGCAAGUCUUGCUGUAGUGAAACUGUACAAUGAGACAAGACUCAGAGCAGCAGUAAAAUCAGCUGUUUUCUGCACAGAACCUUUGGGAAGUGUUCCCAGCUGACUGCAGACGUAUCAGCAUGCGUGCUUUGUGGAUGAGUCCACCCAGAGCUCAGGGACCUCUGGCUGAGGGCCACACUCUGAGUCAGUGGGAAACACUUUCUCAAAACUGUAUUUAAUCUGAGUUUGUGGGGUAACAAAAACAAACUUCAGGCAUAUAAACAUGACUUUUGUUGACAAAUUGCAGGAUUAUUUUUGUUCUGGUGGUUUUACAUGGGAAAAGCAAACAAAGCAACUUGUGAUGCUCCACGGGUUUUGUUUCUACGUGGACGUUCUUUGUGAUUUUACAAGCUUGAGUGAAACAGGUGGAGUAAAAACCGUCUUCCCAAAAGGGAGUCCUCCUCUGGAUUUGCACUGACUGAACUCUCUGAAUGGAGAAAUGAGACACCCAAUCAAAGCUCUACAUGCUGCUGAAUGAACAUAGUUGAAACACAUGUCCCAAAGACCACAUGUAAAGUGUGUCAGGAUGACCCAGAAAACCUAGCAUUGAAUAACCACAGUGAACAGCAGGGAAAGACCCCUGGAACCACAACAGGCUGAACUGCAUGGCCUAAUUUUUUACAUCUGCUGCUCCCCUUUAAGGCUAAAAAAGAGGACUAAGAAUCAGAUGCAACUUUCAUACAUCAAGAAAUCUUUGUAUUUUGAAUAUGCAUGCCUUUGAUAGAGGAGGAAAAAAAAACAUCAGCCAUCUUCUCUGUUUUAGUUCUUCAAUCAGUUUUCCUGCUUUAAGACUCAUGUAUCUCUACCCUCCUCCUCUCACCCGAUCAUUUGCGAGUUGUUUUAAGCAGCGAGGGAGGAGUUCAUUCAGAACAGUCUGGGCUUGUUUGGACUCAGUUUGACACAAAACUUCCCCACACACACUCUCACACUCAAGCACAUGAACACACACACACACACACACACACACACACACACACACACACACACACACACACACACACACAAUCCCUUCAAUGAAUAGACCUUGCAAACAGUGAUCUGGAGUUUGAACACUCAUAAUGUGUUUACAGGGAAAAGUCAAACAUUUGACAGAAGCCUCUUUUGUUGCGUUUGCAUGCAUGCAUGUGCUCAUGUAAGAGUGAUUUUUUUUGUGGACGUGGGUGUGGGUGUGUUUCUCUGUGUGUGUUCAGCAGCAGACUUCAGCCAUCAGCAGGUAAAUAGUCUGCACCAGUAAGAACAUGCAUGGCAUACUUAGGAAAAAGUCUCUUUAUUGCUGCUGCAGCAGACAGAGAAUGUGCCUCAGGGGAGAGGAAAGGUUCAUAUUCAGAUCUGCGGACUAAUGAUGGAAUUAGUGAGGGAUGGCUUUUCCAGCGGGCUGUGCAAGAGAAAGUCCAACCUCUCACCUUUUUUAGUGUGGGAAUUAUUGACUCACUAUAACUUUUUGGUGAUUUGCUCAUGCACUCAUAAACAAUCCAACAAGAAAGCAUGCAAACUGUAGGUUGCACCCCUCUGUCCUAACUUUAUGAAACAGGCUAAAAGCUGCAGGAGGUGAAGUUUCGAGGUUAUGCUAACACCAGAGAUGAUUUGGACAUGUUUAUGUGCACUAUUUGUCUUACUUCCCGUACAUUUUUGUCAUUUGUUUCUCCUCAGAGAGGCUUCUUCUCCCUACCAGAGGGACACUUCUUCAUUGAACCUGUCCAAAAAUCAGCAAAUGAGCCUGCCGAGACUCCAGAGCCUCAUGUUAUCUAUCCAAGAUUUACAGAAAGUCAAAGGAAAAAACGCAGUCUGCAGACACCAAGCCCCUGCGGAGUCCAAGGUCUGUAUCUGAGUUUUGUUUUUUACUGAGUUUGGUUUAAUACUGCAGAUGUUUGUGUAAUUUUACACAAGUGAGCAUUUUUCAAGCCAGAAGCACCCUGUGAAAAAAUGCAUUUUUAUCAUUCAUGUUGCAGAUGCUCCAAGUGACUCUGUGCAGGUGGAGAGGGAGAGGGAGGAGUGGGAGAGGGAGCAGCAGCGGGGGGAGUCCCGCUCUCAGCGCUCAGUCAGCAGAGAGCGCUGGGUGGAGACGAUGGUGGUAGCUGACUCCAAACUGAUAGAAUAUCACGGCACUGAUAAUGUGGAGUCGUACAUCUUUACCAUCAUGAAUAUGGUAAAGAAGCUGAAAUUUCUGAGUUUCCUCUCAUCGUGUUUGUGUCUGUACACCUCGUGAGUAAACUGUUUCUCUGCAUCGGCAGGUGGCCGGGAUCUUCCAUGAUGCCAGUAUAGGGAAUGCAAUCCAUGUCAUCUUAGUUCGCCUCAUUCUUCUGCAGGGAGACGAGGUAACGCUUGAGUCCAAGAGUUUUCUUAACCAACAUGAGUGCGAUUUUUUACUGAUUUUUAACAACCAGGUGCUCAUACAGAAGGAAGCAUUCCUCACUGGGAUAGUUAGGAGGUGGAGUAAACCUCCUUCUGGCUGUGGUUCAAGCUCUUUCCUCAAUGAUAAUCCAGCUGGAAAUUUAAGCCCCAUUAAGCAUUAUGUACUCACUGUGUGUUAUGUCAGACCUUCACAGGAUUAUGAGAGUGAAAUAUUCAACAAGAACCUAGAGAACAAAUCAUGAAAAUGAUCGAAAUCUCUGCUGUACUAAACUUUGACUACAGUUGGCAAAACUUGUUUGGAAUGACCUGAGUAAAAAAAAAUGACCUGUUUGGAAAGAAAGGUUAAACAGAUUCACUGAAGUCACGACUAUUGUGUAGUAGUGUUUUUCUUUCUGGUGUUUGUUGCAGAAAGGGUUAAAGAUAGUUCACCAUGCAGACUCCACUCUGUCCAGUUUCUGUGCCUGGCAGAAAAACCUAAACCCCCAGAGUGACACACACCCGGCUCAUCACGAUGUGGCCGUGUUGAUCACCAGGUGAGACACACAUUCGGCAUUCGUGGAUCAGCAAAACAAUGGAUCCCUUUACCGUUGACACAAAUGUGAUGUUUGCACACGUGAUUUUUCUCCCAGGAAGGACAUCUGUGCUGGAAGCAACCAGCCCUGUGAGACGCUGGGUCUGUCUCAUUUGUCCGGGAUGUGUCAACCUCACCGGAGCUGCAACAUCAACGAGGACUCGGGUCUACCUGUGGCCUUCACUGUUGCUCAUGAAAUGGGUCACAGGUCUGUAUUUACAUGUGUGUGUGAGUGUGUGUUAUAACGGAGCAUCAUAACACCGGAUGGUGUGACAGAAGAGCUCCCUGUUCCCAUGCUCAGUGGCUAAAGAUGAAUAUCCACUUGUGUCAUUAUAUCCUCUUGAAUUAGCUCAUCGGUUCAUUAGUGAAUUGGCUGUAUGCAAAUAAUGGCCGGUAUCUAGUAACAAGACAUAAAGAGGACUGACACCCGAGAAGACUGAUGUGGUGUGGGUGUAGAUCAUUCAGUGAAAGUAAAAGUGACAGAUUUGUUUUCAGCUCUGGAUUACUGUGACACACAAAACCUUUUUGUCUUUAAUCGUAUCUUUCUACUCCAGCACCUUGUUGAGUUGUGGCCUCAGGGUCGGUCCAACCAGGUGACACCGUUUCCAGAUAGAAAGUUCUGUUUUUAGAGGAAAAUCAUCAUUACAUUUUUCAGUGAAUAAAUACUUGUGAUGAUUCUCUGACACUUUUAGCCAGAGGACAGAAAACAGGCAUGCUCCGUUUAACAUGAUAGGAGCUGAGGUGUGUUACUUGUAUGUAUUACACGAGAGCCUUCCCCAUAAAGGCGGCCUGUUUUUCUGAAUCAUUUAUUCCCUGAAGGAUAAUUUCAUCAUUGGUCCUGUUUUUUGUUCGUGUGCCCAGCUUUGGCAUUCAUCAUGACGGUCAGGGAAAUGACUGUGAACUGGAGGGGAAGCACCCAUUCAUCAUGUCCAGACAGCUGAUGUACGACAGCUCGCCUCUCACUUGGUCUUCCUGCUCCAAAGACUACAUCACACGCUUCCUCGAGUAAGACUGAAUGCAUACUUUAUUCUUGAGCCAUGAGUCAUAAAGUAAAAACAUGAUUUAGUUCUUCGUGCUUUUUAUUUUUUUGUUUUUCAAACUUUAGUUUUCUGAAAAUUCAGUUGAAUUAGAAGGAUUGUGAAAUCGUGAAGAAAAAGGAGUAACUAGAAAGUAAUUCGAGGAUGUGCCCGUGCAGAUUUGGAUGAAAAUGAUCUGAAAAACCACAAUGGGUGUGGUGUGCAUUUGGUUACAAAAACAUUGAUGGGUAGCAAAGCGUGACCAACUGAGUUUCUGAGGGAGUACAAAAAGUUCAUAAAUGCUGAGCAAUGAACAAUUCAUGUGGAGCCAGAAAAUACAGCCAAUGAUGGAGAAGCAGGAGGAGCCUGGAGAGACAUCAGAAGAGGGUAACGCACUGAUAUCUGCAAACUUGUUAUUGAAUCCUGAUUUUUUGAAGUUUAAAGCAUCAGCAUAUAUGUAUGAAGUAAUAUCUGUGUGAAAAGACUAAAUUCUGUGUCAGAGCUCCUGUUAUGGAUGUUUAUAAUAUUGAAAUUGUAUCCUGCCUUUUAAUUAUCUCAGACAGUUUUCUUAUUUCUUAUGUAUCAAUAAAAGGGAUGGCAGUUUUAAUGGGUUUAAAAUGGUAUUUAAAGUUUCCUGGUAUCCAUCAUUCAAACAAACUUCUCACUCAAACUCUCCUUCAAUAUAUUCUCCUGUUUCAGCCGUGGUUGGGGUUUCUGCCUCGAUGACCGCCCUUCCAAGAGAGACCUGACCACCCCCCUGGCUCGCCUCGGAGUCCGCUACACCACACACCACCAGUGCCAGCUCCAGUACGGUCCAAAUGCAACUUUCUGCCAUGAAGUUGAUGUAAGUGUUCUGCACCUUUGCACAAACUAAAAGCAGAAAAAAGUCAGUAAUUUGUUUUAAAAAAAAAUAGUUAUUGUUCUUGGUUCAUUCCUUCUUCUCUCACAGAACGUUUGCCAGAUUCUGUGGUGCUCUGUUAACGGCUCCUGUCGCUCCAAACUGGAUUCACCCAUAGACGGCACUCGCUGCGGACCAGAGAAGGUGCACGAUGGUGCUAGUUUCUUUGUCUUGUUAGGGUUUGGGUUUCAGUAGCCUGAGGAUGGAGAUGGUUGGCUCAAUGGCUGCAGAGGGUGCGAAUGUGUUGUAUAACUUUUGCUAUUGGAGUGAUCUCACCAACAUGUUUUCUCUUGCAGUGGUGCAUCAGUGGAGAGUGUGUUAUUGUGGGUAAACUGCCAGAGACCAUUAAUGGAGGCUGGGGACAAUGGAGCACCUGGUCUUACUGCUCCAGGACCUGCGGGACUGGAGUCCAGUCAGCAGAGAGGGAAUGUAACAACCCAAAGUAAGACUAUCAAGCCUGUUUGCAUGCUUAUCUCUCAUUUUAUCUGUCAGGCUUUCCUGCAACACAUGGGCUUCUUUUUGAAAACGGAUUAAAUCUUACAGCUGAACUGAUCUCAUUCUGUUUGUUCACAGACCAGAGUUCGGGGGAAAGUACUGCACUGGGGAAAGGAAGCGUUACCGGACGUGUAACACUACACCCUGUCAGAUUAACACACCAAGCUUUCGAGAGAUGUUGUGUAGUGAGUUUGACACGGUGCCUUACCACAACGAGCUCUACAAGUGGAUUCCUGUGGCCAACCCAUGUGAGUUUUCAAAGCUUCAAAUGUUUGAUUUAAAACCUCUUAUAAGCAGAUACACAGUUUUUGGUAGCCCCAUUUUCUCCUCGGCUUUCCACAGCUGCUCUGUAGUUGUGGUUGUGUUAAUCAUCCAGCAGGGGGCAGCAUUCAUCAUGGAAAACUCUCUGAGCUUGGCUAUCCUGCGGUUAAAUCUAAAAUUUAGUAAACUGUGUUUUCAGGAGAGUUUAAGGCGUUUUUUUUUUUUUUUUUUUUUUUGCAUAUCUCCCAUAUUUAAAUCACUGUUUCAACUAAGUCUGACUUGUAAAUUUAAGUUUUUCUUUAAAAAAAAAUAUAAAUAAAAACUGAAAAAUGAUCUUGAGAAAAAUCCAAACUAUAAUUGUUGAAACUGGUUAUUCAUUUCAUACAGAUGUAUCUGUGAUAUGUUCUUUUAAAUUAAAUGGUUGAUUGGUUGGUCUACGAAAUGCCAGGAAAAAUUAAAAAAAGCGUGAAUCUAUAUUGACGGUGAUGACUUCAAACAUGUGGUUUCUAGAAGAUUUCAGCCCCAAACCUCAAGAUAAACACAUUCAUAUGAAAUGCAACAGGGAAAAGGAGAAAAUAGUUUAAAUUCAGGAGCUCAAAACAGCUUUUUUUUCUUUAUCUGCCAUUGCAUUGAAAAAGUUCUAGAAAUGUAAAAUCGGUUUACAAAUUAGUUGACGACUAUUUUUUAUGCUCAACAAAGUGCAAAUCACAGCAGCUCCUCUCUGUUUAAUCAGCUGUCAUCAGUGGAUCAAAUUAGAUGACAGGAAUUUCAGUGACGACUUCAUCUUCACUGAAUCUAAUGUAAACUCUUCCUCACUCUCCUCCAGUACACCCCUGCGAGCUGCACUGCCGGCCAGUCAACGAGUAUUUCUCAGAGAAGAUGCUGGACACUGUGACUGACGGGACGCCCUGCUUCAUGAACAACAAGUCCAGAAACAUCUGCGUCAAUGGAGUGUGCAAGGUAGUGUGUCUGGGUAAGAGACUAGGAGGGGGUUAUAGUGGAGCAGGACAUGAGGCGAAGUGCAGUUCAUGUGCAUGUGCAUGUGCAUGUGCAGCAACAUUUUGUAACCAAAGAGUUAGUCUCUGCAAACUUAUCAUCUCACACGUCUGCAUCUAUACCUGUGUGUGUGUGUGUGUGUGUGUGUUUGUGUGUGUUCUGCCUGCAGGAGGUUGGCUGUGACUAUGGCAUCGACUCAAACGCGGUGGAGGAUCGCUGUGGAGUCUGUUUGGGCGAUGGCACAAGCUGUGAGACGAUUCAUAAGUCGUUUGAUGAUGGGGAAGGCUUUGGUGAGUCCCACACGAACAAAAAAAAGAUAAUGAAGCAGCUGGAAACAAAUUCAAUUAUCGAGACAUGAGACUUGGUAAAAUUAAAAAAUCCUAGUAAUGUGAAACAGACAGGCUUUUAAUGAGGACGGGCUUUCAUGCCCCCACCAGAGGAGUGUGAAAAAGUGCAGAAUUCAGAUUUAUGUCUACAGGCGGAAAGUCAUUUCAGGACAGUCCGUUACGAUUACACCAUUGUGUUGUUGCCUUGUUGCUAUGGUAGCUGUCUUGUCCACACUGUGCAGCUGUUUGUCCUGCUGUACUUGGCUGGUGUGAUAUGUGUGUGUGUGUGUGUAUUUGUGUUUUUUUAUUUUUUUAUUCCAGCCCCAUGUUUAAUUCGUCUUAAGGGAGACAUGUCUUUGGCUGGUCUCAGCGUGUUUGGAAAACUGCUCAGUUCAACACAUGGCACAGACAGAUUAAUAGACAAAGAGCCUCGAAACAAUUAAAACAUCCUGCCCGCGUUCCCUCUCUCUUUCACCACGUCUGUGUUCACAGCGUCCUUUUUAGAUAACCGGCCCAGAUGUGUGCGACUUCAAAAGGCAUAGACCCAAAGCAACCCUCCCCAACCCCCCCACCCCUCUUUUGCACAUACACAGAAACACACACACCUUCCCACAAACAUCAUUAAACUCCAGAGACCGACUCAUUGCUGCUUUCGUCCUCCCCCAUGCAGCCCCCCCCCAUCCAAACACAAUAAAAAACAGAGACAGGGCAGUGCCCCCCACGCCGAAUACACACUCGUACAUUACACACACACAUACAUGCCAACCACCCCCACAGACUCAGCCCACCCUCUAUUAAAGAUCAGAGAGAGACUGUCUGGUAGUCUGGAUGUGAGUGUGGCAACAGCCAUGGUGGGCCAUCCAUUACCUUGCUGUGACUCUGAUUCCCCUCCUCACCCUCCCGACUCUCCCAGGGUACGUGGACGUGGGUGUGAUACCUGCAGGGGCGCGGGACAUCCUGGUAAGGGAAGUAGAGGAGGCAGGUAACUUCCUGGCUCUGAGGAGCGAGGCAGCCAAAGAGGAGUACUUCCUCAACGGCAACUACAUCAUCCAGUGGAACGGGGAGUACGAGGCUGGGGGGACCACCUUCUUCUACGAGCGCAUGGGGAACAUGGAGAACCUCACUGCUCCAGGACCCACCAGUGAGCCGGUCAUGCUACAGGUAGGCCACGGAAAAGUGUGAAUUUUAGCAGGUUUAUAAAUAUAGUUGAUAUCAGAUGAGAAAGUGAAUCAGGUUUUAUAUGACUCAAAUAUUUACUUUUUACUUAUAUGUUUGACUAGUUACUGUUUCAAGAGAGGAACCCGGGAAUAAAGUACGAGUACAUCAUUAAAAAAAACAAAGGGACAGGAAAUGAGGUCAUCGAACCCAUCUACAGGUGGAGACAUGGAGCUUGGGCAGACUGCAGCACCACCUGUGGUUUAGGUGGGUGUUUUAUUUGGUAGAAAGCUUGAAUAGCUGAUCAGUAUCAGCGAUAAAGCAACAGUUUUUGAUUUAUUUUCUAUUUCAGGUGAGCAGCACCAGCCUGCGCGGUGUUUUGAGAUGGAUGUGGGCGUAGUGGAGGAGUCUCUGUGUGACCCAGAAACCCGUCCAGAGGACAGACACCGGAAAUGCAAGACUAUGGAUUGUCCUGCAAGGUUGCUCACUCCUCAGCUCUUUUUUUCUGUCUUUUUCAACACAAAACUUAGACUUUUUAUUCAGUCUUAGAUGGAAAAGCUCCUGAUCUUAGACUGUAUGGGGGAGGAAAAGCUUUCUGCAUAGUUUUAUGUUUUCUGAGAACAUAUAACAUUAAAAUAUAGAUAUUAUAUUUGAUAAUCCUCCAAACCAAUUGUAAACAAAGUUAUGCUCUUUUUGCUAAAUAAAAUAAUUCAAUAAAGCCGUAGAAUCACUCCACUCUAAUUGUCUCCCUCUGCCUCAGGUGGUGGGUGGGUGGCUGGCAGCAGUGCACAGCUACAUGUGGAUCAGAGGGCGUACGAAAGCGAACAGUGCUCUGUGUCCGCACAGUGUCAGGGGAAGAAAGGGUGCUGCACCCUGUGGAGUGUAAGCAUCUCCUUAAACCUAAACCUAUUGUGCCGUGCAACAGGGAUGUGCCCUGUGGACUGGACUGGGCUGUUGGCAACUGGGAAGAAGUAAGUUUGUUUUUACUGGUUUCACUUUCGUUUUUGUUGACGUUUCUCCUCCAGAUCUUAGUGUUGUCUUUCUGUCUUGCAGUGCCCUGUCACAUGUGGAGGAGGCGUUCGCUCACGAAUUGUCACCUGUGCUGUAGCACCCAAGAAGAGCUGUGACCUCUCAACCAAACCCAGGUCCAGAUCCCUCUGUGCCCUGCAGAGCUGCCCUAACUCAGGCCUCCGUAGAAGACCAGGGCCUCCUCCUAAAAAUCGUCGCAUCUACCCACCUAAGAGGCAACCCACUAAGCUUCCUGCUAACACUACCUGGGCGAGCACCACAACCACAGCUGCACCCACAGCUGCUGUCACUGUGAGGAAGAAAACAACCACCAAAGAAACUACAACUGCUUUUAUCCCGACCACCACAUCCCUUUCAACCACUGAGCCAACAACUCCUGAAAUCAUAGACGCAGAUGAUUAUGAGAUUGAGGAUGAAGUGAAGAAAAAUGAGGAUGAGAAUGAGAAAACCGCUUCUGCAGGAAAGGACAGAAAAGUAACUGGAAAAAUUAAAGAGAAUGAGGAAGAGAAUGAGGAGGGAGAGGAGGGAAGUACACCGAAUGUGGUGAUGUUCACUCCAGGAUAUGACUUUGUUGUGGAGGAGAGGACGACAGAGGAGGAGGGGAUUAUUGACCUGGAUGUGACCACGUCCACAUCACUCAAAAGUCCGCUUAAAUCAACCACACCCAGGUCGCAUUUACUCAUUACACCCACUCUACAAACAAGUCCACCCACCACGCACACGACCAAAGCACCCACAACUACAAGAACCUCCUCCACCCCACACACCACCACUGAAACAUGGGCCAAGACCACUCUCUACACCACCCCUCGGGUUUAUCCAUUCAGCCGCUGGACUCCCAGGGCUCCCUUCACCACACCUGUGUACAAGGCCUUAAACACAACACAAGCUCCUUCCACGACUACAAGAAAACCAUUUACCACUGCAGCUUCACCCCAGUCCACAGUGAAAAUUAUCAAACUAAAGAAGCCCGCCACCACACCCAAGAAGCACAGUACAACCACUCGGGCUAAGAAGCCCUCUUCCUGGCCUAAAGGAGGUCGCUCCAAGAGCCAGAACGAGCGGCAGCAAAGUCCCAAAGACCAAAGCAACCUGUCAGCUGGAGAGACAGUCAGCAGGGACGUCUUCUGGGCUGUUGGAAACUGGAGUGAGGUGAGGAUACCACAUUCAAGUACUCUCCAAAGAGCCAGACAAGUACUCUGCAUGCUUGAGCCUGUAACUGCUGACCUGAGAUCAGAAGUGGGCGUUUUAAGAGGUUUCCAAUUAUCGUUUUAUGUUCUUUUGUCAUCAGCUUAGACCUGCUGUGACUGCUGUUGGACUAAAAGGUUUAGACCUUAUCAUCUGUUUUUCAUCUCACUAAUAAGUUUAAUUUUGAAGUUAUAUUCUCAUGUGGAAAUGAAGUUGGUUUUGGAGACUGAAAAUUACCCUCAGAUGCUUCAAAAAAUGAACAAGGCAAAUGAUUUUGAGAGAAGUGUUGUAUUGAUCGAAUAAUUUCUCAUUCUUUUUUAGCAGCUGACUGUGAUGUUAGGCAUCUUCAGAUUUAUGGAGUGGGAGGAUUUCAACCUUGUUUGCAACAAACAGUGUGGUUAAAAAUAAAAAGUGUGUUUGGCUGAGCGACUGCAGAGUAAUUUUCAUGCUGCAAAACCUACAUCCUAUUGAAAUAACAUUGUAGGAAGGACACCAAAGAUGUGCAGUGUGGAAAGAUGUUGGACCAUUUGUUUCAGACUAUCAGGCUGUAAAUACAGAUGCUCAUUAGUUCCUUGUCCCCUUUCUAAAGAUUUUAUCAACACCAACUAUAAUCUUCUAUCAUUUUCCAUUUUGUGUUGAAUUUUUAAAUUUCCCUUUCCUCAGUGCUCCACUACAUGUGGUAUCGGGGCGAUAUGGAGGACAGUGGAGUGCAGCUCACAGAAUGACGAUGACUGUGCCAGCAUGAAGAGACCUGAGCCUGCACGCACGUGUCACCUGCAGCCCUGCGCCGCCUGGCAGAGUGGCAGCUGGAGCAAAGUGAGUAAUCUUAGAUUUCCUGCAGUCACAGGAGCUCACAUUUACAUUGAUCUCUUAGUAAUUAAAGUCAGUACUUCAUUAAUCUCCCACUCAUCAAGUCUUACCCUUCCGGAUGAUGAAGCAUGUUCGUUCCUCUGCCGGUCUCACUUGUCCCGUGUUUCUGAGCUCAUUUCCCCUCUGUGAUGACUUCCCCAGUGUCCAGAUAGCUGUGCGGUUGUGGGGAGGAGGUUCCGAGAAGUUCAGUGUAUCGACUCUCAGAGUAAACGUCCCCUCAGACCUUUCCACUGUCAGGCUGUGUCCAGCAGACCUGUCAGCACCCUCACCUGCCCACACAAGCCCUGCAUGACCUGGAGUGCAUCACCAUGGGGACCGGUAUGAGAUUAAAAUACUUGUGAUUUUCUCACUUAGUGCUUAUAAGCAAAUUUGGAUGAUAAACAAGUCAUUAAAGCCUCAUCGAAAUAAAAUAGCAUAAAGACAACUCAAAAGUUGGAAUUAAAAACUCUUAUGAAGAAAAAUGUGUGCUAAAAGCAACAGAGGGGCAUCUCUGCCAUUACCUUGCAUCACCUCUUCACUGAAGUGACCAGCUUUUGGUUUUUAAAGGUGAAAGUCAGGAGUUUGGCUUCUCAACAGAUUGGGGUUGUCACUGUCUUCUUUUUUCUGUCAUGAUGCACCAGAUGUUUGUUGAUAAUUGUUGAGUCAGGACUGGCAUUUGAACUUUGCAUUGAUAGCAAGCAGAGUGGUCCCUCCACUCUUAACUACAUCCAUUCUAAAAGGAAGUCAAAUUUUGAUUUUCUCAGACUAUAGGACAGUUUUCGAUUUCAACUCAGUCCAUCCUGAAGGCCGUAAGGGCCCAAACAAAACACAGGUAUAUGAAUCAUAUAUGACUCCUCUUUUUAUGGUUCAAUUUUUACCUACAACUGUGCUCACAAAAAUUUAUUCUUUAUGUGAUUCUGAGCCAAUGCAGUGACUUCCACUGCAAUGUCUUGUUUGUUUAUAAUGCAGUGCUGCCUUAGGGCCCCAAACUAUUUCGUAUCAGUUAUCAGUUGUUGUCCUUUUUGUACAGAAUUCUCCAGAUUUCCUAAAUCCUUUACUGAAACCAUGUACUGUAGUUGAUAAAAUCCUCAAAUUCCUCAUAAUUUCACACUCAGAAGCAUUAUUCUGAAAUGGUUUGUUCACCAAGUCUCUCACAGAAAGUCGAACUUCCUCCUGUCUUUACCUCUGAGAGACUCAGAGGGUCUCUUUUAUACCUGCUUGUGUAAAUAACUUGUUACCAAUCAGCCUCAUUGGUUGUCAGAUGUUUCUCUAGCUCAUUUUUAGUAUAGCAGAACUUUUACAGUCUGUUGUCAUCCCUGCCCCAACUGUUUUAAAACAUGUUGUUGUCAUGAAGUUGGAAAUAUAACUGAAAUAUAUUUUUCUCAACCAAAACAGUUUUAACAUUUUUAAUUAAAUAAAGUAAAUAUAAUAAAUAAGUUAUUUGCAAAUCAUCAAAAUCUGUGGGGUUUUAUGCACUUUCUAUUAGUCCUUUAAGUAAAUGAUGAUUCAUACAGAAUGAAACUUUGAUCACCUAAAUAAAUGACCUACGUUUAAGUUAUCCGUAACAUCCUUUACCGCCACUUAAAAUGCACAUUCUACAAUGUCACCAUAAUGAAACACAACAUUUAAAUAGUAAGCUAUAGGUCAGUGUCCUGAAAAAGUACUGUCAGGGUAAUUUUUUUUCUGAUCUUUGAGCUAUUGACCAAGAUGCUAAAUAUGCAACCUGGGAUUUACAUCUGACUCCAGACUCCAGGACAGAUGCAAAUGUGGAAGGAUUGAUGCAUAUUCACCUUAAAUUUUUGUGUUUUUACUUAGUGCUCUGGCAGCUGUGGUGAAGGUGUCAAGGAGCGGCUUGUGUACUGUCCUGAGCCUCUUCGCUGCAGCUCCACUCUAAAGCCAAAUAGCACGCAGACCUGCAGCCUGAAGCCCUGCACUCACUGGAAGGCUGGGGACUGGGAGGAGGUCAGUCUCGUCACUGAAAGCUGUUUACAAAACAAUACAUUGAUAGCUAAAUGUCGUAAAAGAUGACUAGAGGAUCACUGUGUGUGGCUCUGCAGUGCUCUGUGAGUUGCGGUGGAGGUCAGCAGCAGCGUGAGGUCAACUGUGUGAGUGAGCGGGAUCUGGCUGUGAUGCCAAACAGCCUCUGUGAGAAGAUUUCCAAACCAGAAACACUCAGGAAGUGCAAUAUGCAGGAAUGCAAAACCAACAUAGGUAUGUAACACACACACACACACACACACACACACACACACACACACACACACACACACACACACACACACACACACACACACACACACACACACACACACAAACACACAAACACACACACACACUCUGUUCCUCUCACUCUCUCUGUCUGUCUGGCUUCCAGGAAAACAUGUCCAGCAGAUUUGAUAUCAGUGAAAUCCGAUAAUUGACACGUUGGUGGUUUAAAUCACACACAUUAAACUUGUGUUUCAUGACCUUUGACGUUUAAGUUUGGCUGCUUUUUAUUCAGGUCCAGUCUGCAGGAAGAACACCAUGUCGUCCCGCUUCUGUGACAAACUGAAGCUGUUGGGUCGUUGCUCUCUCAGGUCGGUCCAAAGACAGUGCUGUGUCACCUGUGGCUCAUAACCAGGAUCAUACAUCUACAGUGUACUAACUGUAUAACGCAGCAGACACAUUCAGACUACAGUAAUACUUACUGUACUUUGAAUGUGUCCAGAUGCAGUUGUAAUGUGUCGAUUAAAUGUGUACUGUACUUUAUCCAUUUUACUCACUGGAUACAGAGGAGAAAAUAAUACUGUAACAUAUAUCCUCAUGGAACACAAGUAUGAAUACAGACAUGCCAUCCACAGACCAACACGUCCAAACCAAAGUCACUACAGACACAACAACAACACAUCAAGCACAGACAAACAAACAAACAAACAUGGGUCGAUACUAAAGGUUUAUUUUUAUUACUUUAGCAUUUCACGUCUUCUUUAAUUUUCUAUUAAUUUAAGAGAUGAUUACAAUAUCCUGCCAAAGCUUUAUUGUCGAUAAUGUGAUAUUUGCAUUUUUAGACCUAAAUUUCCAGAUUAGUAUCAAGCGUAGAAGGCUUAUCACAAAUUUUUCACAUUUCCUUGAUUAAAAAUGUUAGUGAUUGGGCAAUUUUCUGAUGCUUACAAGCGUUUUGUAAAAUUUUAAACAUUAUUAUGACAAGAUAGGUGUUGAAUAAAAUUAAAGGUUGUGGAUAUACACAAAAAUUUGAUUUAUUAUAGAGGAUAAUCACUAAAAUGUAUGCAAAACGAAUGCACAGGUAUGUAAAGGAAAAAAUAUAUAUAAAGGUAGAAAUUCCAGCUUAAUUUGAUCUAUAGUUAGGAAUGUUUGGUGAUUGCCAAAAUGCUUACUGUACACAUCUCUCUGGGCCAAAGGUGCUUUUAUAUUACUAGAGCUGAUAAGUGAGAGCUCAACCUGUUAUACUUUAUUUGUAAGUGAAUGAUAAAAGCAGAUUGUAAAUAAAAUUUUGCCAUCUCUUUGUUAUAAAAUUGUUAAUAGUGCCUAUCAUGUGUGUUUUUUAUUUGUAUGCUUUACUUUUUCAGCUUGAAUUGUUCUUUUGUUCUCAGAGCUGGCGCUGUGUGUUUACAUUAUUCUCGGUACAAGCUCCUGCUUUAUUCUGUUUUUUAUUAUUAUUAUUUUUUUUGUAAGUGAGAAAAAUGUCACUUAUAAAGAAACCAGCUGCAGAACCUGCACAGAUCUGCAGCAGAACCUGUGGUGCUCCUCCUCUGGUGUGUGAUUGACUAGUGAGAAAGAGGCGUUGCAGGUCAUCCCUCUCAGGUCACUCUAAAGAUGGCCGCUGUGCUUGUACAGUGUUUUACAGGUUUUCAUGCAAAUGAUACAUCACUUUGACUGAUAUUGAUUACUCUUGUUUCUAUCAAAAAAUGUGGUGUUUGUGAUGAACUGAGGCGCUAAAUAAAAUCUUUGAAUAUUUUGAGUGUUGCAUGUUUGGUUGUUUUGAUUGUCGUCAUUUUUUCAAAUCCAGUAAUAGCCUAAUAUUAGCUGAGGUAUGUGACCUUCUUUGAAUGGUGUUUUGUGAUUUAUACCAUCUGGAGAACUCUGUCCUGACAGCACCACAUGCUGUUGGAAAUGUGACCUCAGAAUCUGCAGCACCAGGUUCUGUUUCGGGGAUUGGUUUCAGCUGGCCCAGAUUUCUCAGGCUCCUCUGCACCAGAUAACUUGACACGGACAGGCGGACUGACGCUGCCCCUUCAGGUCCACCUUCGGCUAUCACUCGAGCCAAGAGUUAGUCAGCAGUAAUGGAAGGAGUAAGACAACACUGGGUCAAUGUGGAGCAUCAUGUCCUCAAAAUCAGCAGCGUGUGUACAUGUGUGUAACAUGUCUCUGUGUUGACAUGACGAAGCAAACAACCUCCACUUCAGCCGUAUUACCUAACUGAACCACAUCUCUGUUAUGUCAUUGUGUUGCUUCAUUCAGAGAGUUGCACAAUGACGAGAGGUGAUGGGAGUGUUAAAAUGUUCCUCUUUCUCCUUCAGUACAUCCUUUAGUUUGAUGUUUUGGAUUUCACAGUGUGUACAAAUACUGACAUACCUGGCACGAGUCAUUUUCAGCUGUUUUCCAAACUACAUAAGUGGCUGUCGGCUGGCUGCUCUCUAAAAAGGCCUCGAGAAAAUGGCCAUAAAAAUUACUUUUAACAGCUUGUGCAGCACAAUGCCAGUGUUUCAAAGCCAAACAAGUGUGGUUUUGGACUCAUUAGUUAAGUGAUUACCUCAUUGAUUUGUACUUUUUCCAGAAUUUCACUGCACAAUGCCUGCCGACAGUAGCAAAAGGGCAAGAAAUAUUGACUCCACAGCUUCAGAGUGAUAAUAAUAAGAGCACGGCUAAAUCGCUGCCAAAACCAAAACAGGAUAUAUGUAUUUAUUUUAUAAUAGGUGAAUAAGUGUGUUUCAGAUGAUUUUCAAAAUCUGUGCUAAAUUUAAUUUUUGAUCAUAUGGCUGUUUUGAGAGCUCCUCCUCUAAAAAAAAAAAAAAAAGCUUUAAUAUUGAUUUUUCACAACUUUGGAGAAAAACUGACCACAAGAUUUUCACAGUUCUGGUUAAACUCUGUGAGAAACUAUGAGGCAGUAAAGCACAUAUCGGACCCUUGGAAGCGUAAACAUGCUGAAAUAAAGUCACUCCUCCUUUCUGAAAUUCUUAUUCAUUGGCAAAGAUACAUUUUUUUUAUACAUACAACCUUUGUUUGCUAUCUUUCACCCAUUGAGAACUUGAUGUGGCUCUUCAGGGGCAAAUUUGGAAGUAUCUGUCUGUCAAAGCAAAUUUAUUAUGACUGGAGUUUUAUUUCCAGAUCAUAUGUAUUCCUGUAUUUCAUGAUAUCAUAUCCGCAUUAAAAAAUAAAAGGUCAUUUUCCUGAGGUUUUGGUACAUAGAACUCAUAAGACUCAUAAAUACAGAUAAAAGAGGCAUUGGUUUGGCUCUGAGAUUAAAGCUCCUGUCAGGAAAUUUCUGUUUAGGUCGAAUUUUGUGCCUCUUUGGCAGACAAAGUGAUUCCUUUUUUAUCUCUUCUCUUCUAGUUCUUCCAUAUGUAGAUUUGCAUGUUGUUCAAAAACUUGAUUUAUUGCAUCAGUCUGACUAAAACUGGAUUUUCAAAAUACAUGUUAACUUGUUAGUCUGACUGAAAUCGCACUAAGCCAUAGUAAAAAUAACAAACCCAGAUAAAUUGGUUAGGGAUCUAUUUUCUCUUCCAUGUAUGUGGUGUGAUUGGACUGAAACUGGCCUUCACUUUCUGCACGUGCUCAGGAGUUCACACACCAGGCCUUGGCUUUUGAAUUGAACAGUGAACCGACUCAGAAGCCGGGUAGUAAAUAAGACCUAGGCAUAAAAAGAAAAGACGUCAAAAAAGACAACGAGGUCUUAUUGUACGUCUAAAAGACACAGAGCUGAAAAAGAGACAGUGAUUUUAUCGUUUAGUGUAUAUACAAUCAGCCGAUUUCUAACAUUGGGGUGACCACACGUUCUCUUACCCGGUAAUAUCCUUUUAUUUAGGGGGCUGUUCAGACUGUCUGGCCUUGUCAGACAGUCCUUCAAAUGUCCAGGGUUUUGUAUGGAAGUUUUGAGUUUGUUUCGCUUGAACUUACUGAGUUUGAAGCACGUAAAACACACUCGACCUGACCCGAAAAACUCUCAAAAUUUACCAUGUGCGACUCUAUGACUCUGCCCCCGUGUAGUCAAGUCCUCUUUUGGGGGAUUCAGAAUAUGGUCACCUUACAACAUACUUGUCGAUUGUCAGGUAUAUGACAUAGGUGAGAUGGCUCAGAAGUAAUGGGCUUAAAAGAAGGCAUGUUACCACCUACAGCAGAAGUUGCAGACAUGCUUCAGUCAGUAAUUCAAUUCUUGCUCGGUGCUUGUAAACAUGGACAAGGACAAAAUCCCCCAAUCAAGCCAUGACUAAUUUGACUUAACUGUGGAUGUAAACAUAUUGAGUGUGUUGUAAACCGUCUGUCUAUCACCUUCCUUCUUGCAGCAGCUACAAGCACUGAACACUACAACACAGAAAUUCUCAGUCUUGUUGCUGAUGCUCUUGUUGUCUGUUUCAUGACCAGCUAAAAACUGUUCACAGGAGCUUUAAAUCACACACUUCAUGUGCAGAGGCUACAGUCCUUGAAGGUUCAGUUUCCACACUUGCCUCUUUCUCCCGUGUCAUAUUAACAAUGAUGCUAACAGCAGCACACUGUAAAAAGUUUUUUUUUUUUAUCACAAACAGAAACGCACAUUUUGAAAAAAGUUCAAUUGAUCUGUUUUUGCAGAGCUAAAGAGAAACACUUGAUUGUUAAGUGUUUGGUGUUGUCACCUCAUACCCCCUCCAUGAAGACAGAAGAAGGACAGUGAGGUGCGUCUCACCUGAUCCAGUGUCUGACCUGUAAGUAAAUUCCUCUGCCCCUCUGAAACCGACACUCAGCCGAGGAUGAUGAUGUAAUCCCCCUCGCUCAGGAUGAGGAAGGUAACAUGACAAACAUCUAUUGAUCACCAUAAAGCAGGAAACAGCAACCUCAUCUAGUAGGUUACCAGACACCCCCCAACACCACGGCCA